AUGGCACCCAGUAGAAAGUUUGUGGCAAAGGGGGGCAAAAAAAAAGAACAGAUCCUGAAGUUUACUCUUGACUGUACCCAUCAAGGUAGAAUCACGGAUGCUGCCAAUUUUGAGCAGUUUUUUCAGGAGAGAAUCAAAGUGAAUGGAAAAGCUGAGAAUCUUGGUGGAGGUGUUGUAACAAACGAAAGAAGCAAAAGCAAGAUUACUGUAACUUCUGAGGUAGCUUUUUCCAAAAGGUAUUUGAAAUAUCUCACCAAAAAAUAUUUGAAGAAGAAUAACCUAUGUGAUUGGUUACACGUAGUUGCUAACAGCAAAGAAAGUUACGAACUGCAUUACUUUCAGACUACUCAAGAUGAAGAAGAGGAGGAAGAUGAGGAUUAA